GUUUGAGAUAAAAAUUAAUUCAAAUAAAUUUAACAUGGCCGUCUUGUUUAAAACAAGGCUGAUCGUAUUAUUAUUGUGUUUUGGAUUCUGCUAUCAAUUACAUGGAAAUGACGAGUGCACAGAGAUGGAAGCUCAUGAAGGCGACACUGUCACACUUAGAUGCAACGCGACGAGAACAAUUGACAUCAUCCAAUUCGUGUGGGAGAUGCCAAUCAAAGACUAUAGAAUAGGUCAAAACAUCACUAUCAACGAUUUAACUAAAGCUGACAGUGGACAGUACACCUGCUUAACACAACAUCCGAGUGGUUCAAAGAGGCCGGUGAACGUCAUAUGCUUGAAUGUCUAUGGUCCGAAGGCAAAGAUAGUGUGGGUUAAUGUUACAACGCAUUCCCUUCAAGACGGACAAAACUUCUCAAUGGAAUUUGCAGUGGAUGGAAAGCCAGAUCCAAUAACUCAACUUACAAACAUACAGACUAAUACAAUAGUGGCCAACUUCACGGGGCGUGGAACAUACACAAUAACAAUAAACGACAUAUCUUGUAAAGAAGGGGGCAAGUAUAAUCUGUCUACAUCAAACGCUGUUGGAAAGGAUUUCAAUGUGAUAUCGAUCAACGUUACAGGUCCUGCUAGACCCAAUCCAGCUUUUCCUGGUUCACAUACACACACUCCUCGGAUUGGACAAAAUGUUUCCUUGGAGCCCAUGUCCUUGGCUGCCCUGAACCUACAUACACAUGGUCUCACAAUGAUAAAAACGUGACACAUACAGAUAUCCCUUUGUUAACCUCAGUGGUAAUACAAGUUAAAUCUUAUGACGACUUUGGAGAGUACAUUCUUGAAAUGGACAACCAAUACGGCAAAAUCUGCGAAGUAUUCAAUUUGUUGGCCCAGGGACCUCCGGACACACCGAGUGGUUUCAAGGUCUCUAAUGUAACAAAAUCAACCGCCACUCUAAAUUGGAUAACGGGAUACGACAACCAUCGGGCACAGACCUUCAUUAUAUAUCAACACUUUGAAUCAAAUAGCGCAGUCUUUCACGAACAAAAUGAUUCAUCUGACGGUCAUGGCAACAUAAAAGUUGAAUAUGCUAUCAACGAGUUGACUGAAGAUAUGAUCUACAAUUUGACCAUCGUGUCAAAAAAUGUAAAUGGAACGUCCCCACCAUCGGACGUUCUUGUUUUUACUCCUUACGGAAAGCCAAGAAUUGAUCCAAACGAGGAAGUGAAGCUCAUCAUACAAAAACGACUGUAUGAUCCGGUAUCUCUCGAAAUGCACUCAAUAGGGUACCCGCCUCCCUCUUAUGCGUGGGUGCACGAAAGUCAGAAACUUACCAGCUCCGAUCAAACGUAUUCAAGUGAGGUCACCAUUAAGUCCAUGACAGUUAGAGACUAUGGCAACUACACACUAAACAUGACCAACGAAGCUGGAACAAGCAUAUAUACUUUCUUCGUUGCUUCAUACGGACCUCCUGAAAGUCCAAAGAAUUUCGUAGUUUUUGACAUCGGCGGGAAAAAUGUGACGUUGUCCUGGGUGACGGGCUAUGAUUACAACUACACACAGACCUUCGUCAUUAGUAGAAUAGCUGAUGGUGAAAUAGAACUUUUCAGGUCGUAUCCUGAUAAGUCUGGGGGUCAAGGAAACACAACCGUCACACAAACUAUCGAUGAUUUGGACGAGGGGACGGAAUACAAUCUUACCAUUUUUUCGCAAAACAAAAACGGCGGCAGCUCUCCCGUCAACAGCUACCUGCAAUUCAUUACAUUUGAAAUUCCGAAAAUGGAGCCAAAAAGUCCAACGAAACUGAAAUUUACACCAAGAACAAAAGAGACAAUACAUCUGGUUAUGCAUGCUGUUGGAAAUCCUUCGCCCAUAUUUAUUUGGGAACACAAGGGAGUCCGAUUAAACAGCUCGGAUGAAAACUUUACCAGUACGGUUACAAUUUUCGACAUAAGGGCAGAGGAUUUUGGAAACUAUACUCUGACAAUGAGCAAUAAAGUGGGUAGAAGCGUCUACACGUAUGUUUUAGAGGCAGACGAACCAACUAUGACGGGCUCCUUUCCUAUCAACAUACGUAUUACGAUCACCGUCUGUGUGUGUUCAGGUGUCAUCAUAUCGAUGUUUACAGUACUGAUAUACAGGAAGCGGAAACGAUCAAAUGCACAAGUCGCAUAUCUGAGAUCUGGUGAAGUAGGUGGUCGUACAAAUAGAACAGUUCCAAAUAAUGAUUCCAUGCACGAGAGGUACGUAUACUGUUGUGAACUCAUGAAAUUAAUACCGAUUUACAUGAAAAAAAUACAUGUUGAAUAGGUGUGUGUAUUGUUAUUUAUAAGUACAAUUGCUUGCAACUGAUGGUAUUUGGGAUAAACACUCAUUGAGUUCAAACCAUACCAUUCUACCUGUGUUUAUUUUUAAGUGCACUAGAUGUGUGCAAAUGUUAACUAGCUAUUUAGUAAAUUAUAAUGACUGACAAAACAAGCUCUAGACAAUAUUAUUUAAUUUGUAUGACAUUAAAUAGUACAAUCAUGGAAUACUAUGCCAUGCAGUAUGAUUCCUAACGAUAUAUUGAUCUUGUUCAAUCGAUUAAGUUCAUGUUAUAGUAAUAAAAAUAGAUUUUAGACACACACACAUUCUCAAGCAUUCCUGAUAUGUUCGCCUCGAACGAAAUUUUGCUUUUAAGUAACAUAAUGAAAAUGUAGUUUCAUUACAAAAACAAACGUUGACAAACUGUGAAAGUUUGAAAUUUUGAAAAUUAUUAUCUCUACUGGCAAACGAAACUAAGUAUUGAAAGUAUAAUAAUGAAUCAUUUCCAAACUGUGAAAUUUCAUGUUUAAAUGAACCUCUGAAACUUAUCACAUCUAUGAAGUUUUUACCUUAGACUAUGUGUGAGAGUGGGGUUGUUUGACUAGACGCUUAAAAUACGAUUUGCGAAUUUGUUUAUUCAAUUAAAGGGACCUUUUCACAGAUUUUUUUUGGCAUGUAUUGAAGCUUGUCAUUAAA